UAAAAUUCGAACCAAGAAAAAAUUCAAAACAUAGACAACAAAGAUAAAUAGCCAAUUAAAAACGAACACGUGUAAAGGCUUUCGCUUCUGCAAACAACAAGCAUUCGGACAAGAAGGCAAACAAACCCUAAUCGUCUCGGGUUUGGCGUUUCAAUUUCAAACACACUAGAAAGAGGCAACAAAAGAAAAAAAAGAAAAAAGAAACGUUAUCCCUUGCGACGAGAUACGAAACGUUAGUGAAAGAGAGGCAAUGGGAGACGACAGGCUGGAUCUGGAGCUCUCCGAUGAGGUUCUGUCGGUGAUUCCGAUGGAUCCUUUUGAGCAGCUGGAUCUCGCGAGGAAGAUCACUUCAAUGGCGAUAGCUUCGAGGGUCUCGAAUCUGGACUCUGAGGUGGUUGAAUUGAGACAGAAGCUUCAGGGUAAAGAAACCGUUGUCCGUGAGCUCGAGGAGAAGGCGUCUCGCCUCGAGAGAGACCGUCGCGAGGUUGAUUCGAGGUUGAAGACCGUCCUCGAGGAGAAUAUGAUCCUGACAAAGGAGAAAGAUUCACUGGCAAUGACUGUAACAAAACUCACUCGUGAUUUGGCUAAGCUGGAGACAUUCAAGCGGCAGUUAAUCAAAUCUUUGAGCGACGAGAGUGCUCCUCCUCAAACAGAGCCUGUUGAUAUAAAGGCAUGCGACCAGUCAAGUAUUGGAUCAACUGGUUCAUAUACAGGCAAAGAUGAAAGGACCAGCGUACACUCAACACACCGUUCUUACAGUGGAUCUUCCGACAUGAACAAUCCAAUUGUCGAAGCUUCAAAAUAUGCCGGAAACAAAUUCUCAAUGACACCAUACAUCUCUCCACGCCUUACCCCAUCCGCAACGCCGAAGAUCAUCUCCACAAGCGUGUCCCCUCGAGGCUACUCUGCAGCAGGUUCUCCCAAAAGAACAUCCGGUGCAGUUUCUCCUACAAAGACAACAAUAUGGUACCCUUCAAGUCAGCAAUCAUCAGCUGCAAAUUCUCCACCUCGCAACCGUACACUCCCAGCUCGUACACCUCGUAUGGACGGUAAGGAAUUCUUCAGACAAGCCAGGAGCCGAUUAUCAUAUGAGCAGUUCAGUGCCUUCUUAGCUAACAUCAAGGAACUCAACGCUCAGAAGCAAACCCGAGAGGAAACUUUGAGGAAAGCAGAUGAGAUAUUUGGGGAAGAGAACAAAGAUCUCUACCUGUCUUUCCAAGGUCUUCUCAACAGAAACAUGCGUUAAACUUUACGAGUCUUGAAUCUCCACCAAAUGAUGAUCACAACCAUUGUAGUAUGUGUAAUUCUCGACCAUAUCUAGUGACAUGGAAAGUGUUUUUUCUUUUCAGAACAAACAAUGAAAGAUCUCGCUUUCGAAAGUGUUUAGUGUUGCUCUCCCGUGAUAUCUCCCUUUGAUCCUAAAUGCAUAUUUAAUGGAAAUAGGCGUUGUCUUA